AUGUUGUCAGCACGUCCAGUCUUACGUAAUGCAGCUCGUUCUGCUGUCAUGGCCGUCAAACCAUCAUUGAGAUUUGCUCGUUCAACCCUGUUAAUUGCUCAAAGAUACGCUUCUGCAAAAGCUGCUCCAACUGAAGUUUCCGCAAUUUUAGAAGACAGAAUCAGAGGUAUAUCCGACGAAGCUAAUUUAAAUGAGACAGGUAAAGUCUUAUCAGUCGGAGAUGGUAUUGCACGUAUAUUUGGUUUGAACAACAUCCAAGCUGAAGAAUUGGUUGAGUUUGCUUCAGGUGCCAAAGGUAUGGCUUUGAACUUGGAAGCCGAUCAAGUUGGUGUUGUUUUAUUCAAUUCCGAUAGAUUAGUUAAGGAAGGUGAAACUGUCAAGAGAACCGGUCAAAUUGUUUCUGUUCCUGUUGGUCCAGAAUUAUUGGGAAGAGUUGUUGAUGGUUUGGGUAACCCAAUUGAUGGUAAGGGACCAAUCAAUGCCAGAGGACUCUCUAGAGCUCAAGUUAAAGCUCCAGGUAUUUUACCAAGAACCUCAGUUCACGAACCAAUGCAAACUGGUUUGAAAGCUGUUGAUGCUUUAGUGCCAAUUGGUAGAGGUCAAAGAGAAUUGAUCAUUGGUGAUCGUCAAACCGGUAAAACUGCUGUUGCAUUAGAUGCCAUUUUGAACCAAAAGAGAUGGAACAAUGGAACAGAUGAAAAGAAGAAGUUGUACUGUGUUUAUGUUGCCGUUGGUCAAAAGAGAUCUACCGUUGCUCAGUUGGUGCAAACUUUGGAAGAAAACGAUGCUCUUAAAUAUUCAGUCAUUGUUGCUGCCACUGCUUCAGAAGCUGCUCCAUUACAAUAUAUUGCUCCUUUCACUGCUACAGCUAUUGGUGAAUGGUUCAGAGACAAUGGUAAACAUGCUUUGAUUGUUUUUGAUGAUUUAUCAAAACAAGCUGUUGCUUAUCGUCAAUUGUCAUUAUUGUUGAGAAGACCACCAGGAAGAGAAGCUUACCCUGGUGAUGUUUUCUACUUGCACUCAAGAUUAUUGGAGAGAGCCGCUAAGAUGAAUGAAGCCAACGGUGCCGGUUCAUUGACUGCUUUGCCAAUUAUUGAAACCCAAGGUGGUGAUGUCUCAGCUUAUAUUCCAACCAAUGUUAUUUCUAUUACCGAUGGUCAAAUCUUCUUGGAAGCUGAAUUGUUCUACAAAGGUAUCAGACCAGCCAUUAACGUUGGUUUGUCCGUCUCCCGUGUCGGUUCCGCUGCCCAAGUCAAAGCUAUGAAACAAGUUGCUGGUUCAUUGAAAUUGUUUUUGGCCCAAUACAGAGAAGUUGCUGCUUUUGCUCAAUUCGGUUCUGACUUGGAUGCCUCAACAAAACAAACUUUGAACAGAGGUGAAAGAUUAACUCAAAUUUUGAAACAAAAACAAUACCACCCAUUGGCUGCUGAAGAACAAGUUCCAGUUAUUUUCGCUGGUGUCAAUGGUUACUUGGAUAACUUACCACUUAACAAAAUCGGUGAGUUUGAGGAAGCUUUUACUCAACACUUGAAAUCUAAUAAUGCUCAUAUUUUGGACGCUAUUAGAGACAAGGGUGAAUUGUCCAAAUCUAAUUUGGAUGAUUUACACAAGAUUACCAAGGACUUUGUUGCUGGCUUUGAAUAA